UUACUGUCAGUGUCAAUGUCAAAAUCUGCCUGCAUUUCUGCAACGAAAAUGAACUAAUAUAUUAAUUAGGAAUAUGUUACAGUAAGAUAACCUUUAAGUUCGAUUUCGUUACUUAAUUUGGUUAUAUAUUUUACUACUUAAGUAGAAGUAUUUUAGAAUGGGCAUCUUACCUAAUUUUGCAGGCUUAACAAACAAAAACAUUUUCUUAGUGGAAUUUAAAGAACCAUAUGCUGAAACAACUCUCCGCGAUGAAACUACAACAAACAUUCGCAGCCUCAUAUUCAGCCCAAAAGGCGGCUACCUCGCUUACCGCACUGAUAAAAGAGCUGAAAUAGUUAAAUGUUCAGACUGGUCUGUAGCGGGUUCAAUAGAGGGAAAUAUCAAGGACAUGUUGUUUUCUCCUCUGGACAACUAUUUCACGGCUUGGGAAAUGUUUCUCAUGAAUAAAGAUAAUCCUCAAGGCAAGCCAAACUUGCAUGUGUAUAACAUCGCUAAGAAAGCUGUAGUUGCAUCUUUUACACAGAAACUUCAAAGUGGUUGGGAGCCAAAGUGGUCAUCAGAUGAAAAGUUAUUUGCCAUACAAGCUGGUAAUCGAGUACUGAUUUAUGAAGAUGGCAACUUCGAACGCUACAGCCACACUAUUAAUGCCGAGAAGCUAAACUGCUUCAGUGUUGCCCCAAGCGCGGCACCGACUUAUUACUUUUCCAUUUUUACACUGGGCAAAUCGGGGCAACCUUCGGUUUGGAAAGUGCUGCAGUACCCGGAUUUAGAAUUGGAGAAGGCAGUGGUCAGUAGGACCUGUUUCCAGGCAGACAAAGCCACUUUCUACUGGAAUCGCCGCGGCACCAACAUUUUCACCCUCACACAAACUGAUGUGGACAAAACGGGUGGUUCGUACUACGGUAAACAGUCACUGUCAUACGGUGACGUAAAGGGAAAUGCGGGGAACGUGGUCUUUAAUAAGGAGGGUCCGAUCCACGCGCUAGCGUGGAACCCCGGCAACUGGAACGAGUGGCUGGCGGUGUACGGCCACGCGCCGGCCAAGGCCACCCUCUUCAAUGCCAAGUGUGACCCCCUCUUCGAGUUCGGGACGGGAGCCUGGAACACCAUCCAUUAUGCACCCGACGGAAAUCAUGUUCUGCUGGGUGGGUUCGGUAACAUUGGCACGGGUCACGUGGAGGUGUGGGACCCGCGCGGCUACAAGCGGCUCGGCAAGUGCGCGGCGCCCGACACCACCAGCCUGCAGUGGGACCCGCGCGGGGAGACCUUUCUCACCGCCACCACCUACCCGAGGCUCACGCAAGGCAACGGGUACAAGAUCUGGCAUUACACCGGAGUGCUGAUGCACCAGCGAGCAUGCGCCGACAAGGAGAACCUGCUGUCCAUCGGUUGGCAGCCGGGCUCGUACCCGAAGAGCGAGUUGUCCCGCGCGGCGCCGCGCGGCCUCGCGCCGGCCUCGCCCGCGCCCGCCGCCGCCUACAGGCCUCCCGGCGCGCGCAACAAGCCUUCCACCUUCACGCUGCACGAGCAUGAGAAGCCACAUCGCCCCGGGGAGACCGUUAAUGCGGCCCCAUCGAAGCAGGCUCUAAAACAGAAGCAAAAGCGCGAAGCCCGCAAAGCGCGCACCGCCGAAGAGAAGGCCUCGGGCGAAGCGCCGCCGCCGGCCGAGCCAGGCGCGCCCGCGCGGGCCGCUUUCCUCUCUACCGGCGACCCCGAGAAGGAUAAAAAGAUCAAAAAUAUUAAUAAGAAACUGAGUGACAUCGAGAAGCUGAAGCAGCAGAGAGCCGCGGGCAAGCCUCUCGAAAUCAACCAGAAAGCCAAGAUAGAGACUGAGGCAGGCUUGCUCAAGGAGUUGGCCCAACUGCGGUUAUGAUCGCAGCGGACCCACGCCCCGCGAUACCUGCUCCCGUUAGUGUUGACUACUUCUAUUCUCCGUAUGCUUCCAUAUACUAAGUACAACUAAUAUCGUAAUGCCGUAGACGUGUGUUA